ACAGGCUCAAACAUACCCGCCAUCUUCUGUGUACAAAUGACUCACCAGCACCGGCCAUUCUGGUGACACAGAAAACAUAUAAGGAACCCAAAGUCUGCCCUUUUGCCAUUCUCUUCUUCCCUAUAACCACACCUUCAAAAGAUCUUGAUCUUCUACUUUGCCUAUUCCCACAAGAUGAACGCACUGUCUGAGAUUGCUGUUAACCACGGCCUGGCUCGCGAGGACUCACCCUCCUCUCGUCGCCAGAAGCUCUUUGAUACCGAAGGUGGGACUGCUAAAGGCCCGGGAGGAGCUCCCCAAAACAUGGACUCACGCCUGCAAAGCAAGGCCAUCCCUACAUAUCCCUUCUACCAACUGGCAUCGCCAUCUGCCUUCUCUAUCUCUUCCAUCGCCUCUGUCCAACCUGUUCAAGAGGAUGUUCUGCCUUUCACCUCCACUGACACUACCACUACCACUUCUACUUCCGCUUCUACUCACUUUCCCGUGACGCCAUACAACUCCAACUUGCUUGGUGACAGCAUGCUCUCGUUUUAUUCCUUGGCAAGUGGCAACGAUGCUACUCCAUUCCAGUCUGCCAUCACGCUGGUCGAGGAUUCGCCUCGCCGUCGUUCGUGGGCCGAGAGUUUUCUUUCCUUGUUCCAUAUGAACGAGAAGCUGCCUGUCGAGCCCGAGGCGAUUGCGAAUCCUUACAAUGGUUUCUGGCGCUCAACGUCCACCAUCGCCAUCGACAAUACCUUAGAGGAAGCUGGAGAUGAGGACGAUGAUGACGACGACCUAUCUGUCUACGAUGACGACUUCCUACUCUAUAGCGAUGUGGAUGAUUUCACCACGAUGACUAGCAUCUCGGCACUUCCUGCCCCUAGUUUACGCACUCGGCCUUGGGUUGACAGCUAUCUGUCGCUUCUCCAGCCAUGCGAGCCCCGCGUAAUCCCAAACCAUAGCGAGAACACAACCACCCAACAGCCUAGUGGCCCUGAAUUCCGCUAUCCCGUGCCAGUCUGGCUUGGGCAAUACAUUGCAGUAGCCCGCAUAGCCCAACCAGAUGUUGCAAUUGAUGAACUGAUUGAGCUGUAUGAGGCAUCCAAGUUCAUGCUCGAUGAAAAUGGAGAUCCACUAAAGAUGCUCCCUGCAGAAGCGUUGCUCGAGCCCACUUCCAAAAGGCGUGGCUGGAGGAGGGCAUUGAAGAAGGCGGCCGAGAAGGUCUGCGCCAGACUCACCCAAAAGAAGAGGACACUAAAGACGUCUGCAGCAGACAGAGUGUCUUUUGAGAACGGCCCGCUCGAGCUUGAGCAGGAGCAGGAGCAGGAGCAUGAUGAAAAGGUUGAGCAUAAUCCUGCCAAGCUGAGGAAACAAAGAAACUUGGCACACAAGAUUGGAUCGCUCUUCAAGAGCAAAGCCAAACGAUCGUCAAACGCUUGAGCGUCGCGAUACUGCUGGGGUUUUCGUCCAGACUAGUGGCAGAAGCUUUCAUUGUGGUUCAGUUGUUGCAUCUUAUUCCUGUUGCGAGCGUAGAUGUUUUGUUUCUAGUGUGUUCAUCACCGUGUUUUAGCGUAGAC